CCGGGAACAUUUGUCAAAAGCACAGCGUGGCCUUGUGGGAGAUGGAGUCUCCGAGGUGAUGACCAAGCUGAGGGUGACCUCCAGUGAUGGGACCAGCUACAGCGGAGACCUGCUGGCCAUCGUGGACGUGCUGAAGAACAUGACGGAGAUCUUCAGGAGGGCGUACUACAGCCCCAGCAGCACAGACAUGAGGAACUUUGUGCAGUCAGUCAGCAAUCUUUUGAUGGAAGAGAACCGGGAUAGAUGGGAAGAAGCACAACUGCUGGGACCCAACAUCAAAGAGCUGUUCCGUCUGGUGGAGGACUUUGUGGACGUCAUCGGCCUGAGGAUGAAAGACUUCCAAGACAUGUAUGAAGUCACCGAUAACCUAGGUCAGCCUUAUCUCCAUCACAGCUAUCUCUGCUCAUCAAAAGAAACUCUUAUCACAGCUCUGCUCUAUUUUCUGAUGAUUGAUCUCCAUAUCUACAAUGGAAAUACAUAG